AUGGCAACCGACACGUCAAGACUGUGGAGUUGCGAAACCCUCGCCCACGGGAUCGACUUCUUGAAUCAAGAGGCUCUCAAAGCUGGCGAAGAAGAAAAUCUUUUAGAAGCUAUGAUCAAGGACAGCAGCUGGGGCAAUGGACGUUGCAACUGCGGAGACACAGCAGGCCUGCAGGUGGUGGAGUGGUGCGCUACGGAUUCCCAAGUUGAAGCUGCGCUCAACACUCAGAGCGGUUCGGUCCCUACAGAACAGCCUCCAGUGACACCAAAGACCUUGGUGCCCUUUACCCCUACCAGCCCUGGUGAAUCUGUUGAACCCAGAGUGGAACCGAACGCCCCCGAAGCUGAAGCACUUGCGGAACAAAAGACUUCAGAAGACAAGGAGCCCCAAGCUGCUAAGCCAGUCGCCACACCAGCUAGGGCUGGUGCGGCUGUGGACAGCAGUCAGUCCGCCCAGCCCGCCAAUCCACCCAAGACAGCACUGCCUUCCAAGCCGAAGAGGAAAAACGUCUACGAUGGCAUGGAGGAGUUCUACGUAGUGGUCAAGGAGAAGGGAACUCGGGAACACGAGCUUAGCCAGGAAGAGAUCAAAAAAAAAGUGAAGGGGUUGGAGGAAGAUGAGGCACCGCACUUGGCGCCUGAUGCCUUUGAAGCCCUUGGGCAAAUGGAGGAGAGAAAUGCUGCCAUAGCGGCAGAACCGUUGGAUCAGGGAUCCCAGGUUGAGGAGACCAAGAAGAAGUUCAGAAAGUUCCUCGAGUCUAUGAUUCAAAAGGGAGGUAAGAUCAGGCAGUUGGUGAGGGAAAUCUCAGAGAUCUACUCCAAGAGCGACCUUUUGCAAAAGCUCUGCCCUCAAUCCAUGUCGAAACGACAGCUGGAGGAUGAGCUGCAGAAACUCGACUCCCAGUACGAUGCCUGCAAUGCAGUGAUGGCCGCUGGAGAGGUUGGAGGAUUUUCUGAUGAGUGGGGGGCUAAGUUGAAUGCCAAGAAGUAUGAAAAGAAGGACACGGAUUUGGUGGGUGCUCCGGUCAAGAAAGAAAAGAAGGAGAAACGUGAGAAGGAGAAACGUGAGAAGAAAAGUAAGUCAAGCAAACGAAAGACAGGUGAAGCUGAAGCCGAGACCAAGACGCCAACUCGGAAGGCCUUGACCAAAGACAUUGGUGAAGGGGUCUGUGCCUCAAUCGUGCCGGGAGUGCAAGCUCACUUCAUACACCAUGAACCCAUUUGCACCACCAGACCAAUGAAGCGGAAGGGCCAUUUCCAUGGCCAAUGCCCCUGGGGCGUGGACGGACGACCACCAAUGACGGCCUGGCAAAUGGAGAUGGUCGAUUUCGUUGGUUUGAAAAACUUCCACGUGAACUUCAGCGCAACGGGUAAAACCGGAUCCAAGAACGUGCGUUUGGGAGGGGACACCGUGAACACGGACAUGGUGGAUGGCGCCUCCAGCUGCAGAGGUGCCAUCAGAGCGGCACAUGGAGUUGUGAGGGAUAUUGGGCAGGAGGCUGCUAAAAGUAGCCGCGGCCUCUUAGAGUUGAGCCGAUGUUCUCAGAAGAAUAGCGAAAGGGAUGUUGAAAGAGUAUCAAGGCAAUACAAACUUCAACUUCCUGUUCCGAUGAGGGAAUUACAGAAAUCCCCAGGAGUCCGGUAUAUGGGCACAUUCCACGUGAUCGCUUUGGAAGACUGGAUGCAAUUCAUUGUUGAUCACAACCUUUUCCACAUACUUUGCGGCCUCAACCAGCCGGACCACAAACGUGAGAGGGCAAUUCUUCGUGAGUUUUGGAAGUUGUACCGCGCUGCAAACCCAAAUCAUCAGAUGUGGGACAUGAUUGACAGACAUAACAUUCAGCUCUCUCGCUUGGCACCCAUGUUGCUACAUGGUGAUGAAGGCAGAGGCCGCAAAAAGAUGCCUUUCCUUAUCACUUCCUAUCACUCGAUGAUUGGGUUCGGUACAACUUUAGCCAAUGAGCAGCGAAAACAGAGAUUGUAUCUUCAACUCCGUCUCAACUACUCCGGUUCUUCGCACACGACCAGGAUGAUCUCUGGCUGCUUACCAAAGAUGACCAAGGACGAGGUUGCCUUGAAAGAUCUUCUUUCUUUUACUGCUGGAGAUUGUAUGCGCACGUUUCAAACAGGUGUUGCAAACCAGGAGGGCGAGAGAUACCAUGCUAUAUGCUUAAAUGCAGUUGGAGACUGGAUGUGGCUCGCAAAAGCCGCGAAUUUGCAGCGAAGUUUUGCCAAUGUUCCGAAGCAAGCUUUGGUUCCCACUUCGGUGCCAAAGGGCAUCUGCCACUACUGCCACGCUGGACAGACAAAUUACGAUUUUGAGGAUUUGGGAUUCAAUCCGGCUUGGAAGCGCACAAUGUUUUUGCCUGGAGACCAACCGUGGAAAUCCAGACCUGCUUUGUUGGACCUUCCACACGAUCCGUCCAAGCCAGCCGCCUUUUUUUCAUUUGAUAUUUGGCACGCCUUCCACCUUGGCCUUGGAAAGGUCUUUGUGGCAUCGGCAUUGGCCUGCAUUUCUGAUCUGUUCCGUGGAACCAACAUUGAUGCUCGCUUUCUUGAGCUGACGGAUCUGUAUCUUCAGUGGUGUGAUGAAAAUCGGACGCCCGCCUAUAUCAUUGGAAUAACCAAAGAAACUUGUGGAUGGUUCGAUCGAAAGACUUACCCGAACGGACAGUGGCACAAGGGUCACAUCACGACGACGCUGCUUCGUUUUUUGGAGUCAUGGUUUUCAAAAAACGAUGUUUCACAGGAUGCAAUCUUGUCAUGUUGCAAAGACGCAACACUUUGUGUCAAUCGUUGCUUCCACCGAAUGUAUGCCAGUGACCUGUGGCUUGAACGAGAUUUGGCCCGAAGCAUUGGAGGUGAUGGCAUGGAAUUUCUAUGUCAGUUUCAAAGGCUGGCGCACGAAUCAUUCAAUCAGGGGAAAGCUCUCUUCCCGUACCUCCCCAAGACGCACAUCGUUCACCACACGAUGCUGGAGUGUUGUGACACUGUUUGCACAACAUUGUCUCCUUUGGCAUUUGGCGUCCAGGUCGACGAGGAUUUCAUCGGAAAGAAGAGCCGCUUGGCGCGGCGCGUGGCACCAACACAGGUGAUCUUGCGCGUGCUGCAACGGUCACUGCAGGUUGCAUAUGCCUAUUGGCAUGAAGCUGGCUUCAUCAAGGGCUAA